AUGUAAGUUUCACUUUUUCUGUAUCAUAUUUCGUACGAAUAAUAAAGAAUAGACAAUUAAAUCUAUCUUAUUCUUGUAUUAAAUCAUCUAAAUCUAUUAUCAUUCAAAAAUAAAGGCCCAAUAAAUCUAGAUCUAUAUACAAAUCCCAUACUAUAACCUAAUAAUUAUUAAUUCCAACAUGAAAAGGAGUAACUAUUGUUUAGAAUGUGGAAUUCAAUGUUAAUAUUAAUAUAAAACAUAACAUAUUCCAUUUUAUAGAGUAAAAAAGAAGUUGGUUUCAAAAAAGAAUAAUUUCCAAUUCUUAUUCUCAGUCUUAUUCAAAUAUUCAUGAAUUCGAAGAUUCGCCAAUUCUGA